GUGAAUUGUGACUGUGAUCCAAUAUUCUUUCAUUACACACAAGCAAGAGUCUUGUUGUAGCUAUAAAUCCGCUGUUCACACGUCCUCAUGCGUAGAGACACAUUUUUCAGUUACCAUGAAAAUAGUAACUUCAAACGUCACUCCAAUUAUAAGUUUUCUAGGGAUUCAGAUAACUUGAGAGCAUUUUUUUCUGAAUGUUGAGGAAAACCUCAAAGAUCCAACCUGAUGGCUAGGAGAAGAGCGACUAGAGAGUACCUUUCACCUGAAAUUGUUAACCGGGGUGUCGAGGAUUCCGGGCCGUACACAGGUUCUCCUAGUUUUGUAGUGAAGGUUAAGAGGGGUUUGCCUGAUUUUCUGAGUUCUGUGAACUUGAAAUAUGUGAAGCAGGGUUAUGGCUAUCUGAUACACCAUGGCAUUUAUUUUGUUGCUGCUUCUGUUCUUUUGGGCACUUUUGGCACCCAAAUAUGGCAGCUCACUUGGCAAAUUUCACAACUGGAUUUCACUAACUUACUGAAUAUCAGUGCUUUGUUGGGAUUCUUGUGCUUAAUUCUGUAUAUUUAUCUUGAUUUGAUCCCCCCUUCUACUUAUCUGCUUGAUUUUGCCUGUUACUGUCCACCAAGUGAGUUAAAGAUUUCGAAGGAGGAAUACAUUGAGUUGGCGAAAAACUCAGGGAAGUUCAAUGAUGCAGCAAUAAAGUUUCAGCAACAUGUGCUCAAGAAUUCAGGUUUGGGAGAUGAGACUUAUCUUCCGAGAAUACUCUUCCAACCGGAUCGCGCAAUAACAUUGAAAGACGGAAGGGAAGAAGCGGCAAUGCUGAUGUUUGGUGCAGUGGAUGAUCUGUUCUCUACCACAAGCAUCUGUCCUAAGGACAUCAGGAUCCUUGUAGUCAACUGUGGGGUUCUAAAUCCCACCCCAUCUCUGUCAGCCAUGAUAAUCAAUCAUUACAAGCUAAGUUACAAGAUUCAAAGCUUCAACCUUGGCGGAAUGGGCUGUGCUGCUGGAAUCACGGCUGUGGAUCUCGCGAAAGACCUCUUGAACGCGUACCCUGGCUCGUAUGCAUUGGUUGUUAGUCUUGAAGCAAUGACCUUCACUUGGUAUGCAGGGAAAGAACUUGACAUGCUUCUGCCCAACUGCUUCUUCAGGAUGGGAUCUGCUGCCAUUUUGCUCUCAAAUCAUCGCACUGAUAGAUGGCGCGCGAAGUAUGAACUAAAACAGUUGGUUCGAACUCACAAAGGAUUGGACAACAGAAGUUUCAAAACCAUACAUCUCAGGGAGGAUGCAGAAGGUCAUAAAGGUCUCUCAGUGAAUAAGGAUGUCAUAGAACUUGGAGGUCAUGCCCUGAAGGCCAACAUCACAACUCUUAGCCCUUUAGUCCUUCCUGUUUCGGAACAAAUCCAUUUCUUCACAUCUUUGUUGUUUGGUAAGAAAUCAAAGCCUUACAUACCCGACUACAAGCGAGCUUUCGAGCACGUAUGCAUAAUGGCCACAAGCAAAAAAGUCCUGGAUGAAAUAGAGAAGAACUUAGACCUCACUGAUGAGUACAUGGAAGCAUCAAGAAAGACACUGGAGAGAUUUGGGAACACCUCCAGUAGCAGUGUUUGGUAUGAACUGGCUUAUUUGGAAGCAAACAAGAAGAUCAAAAGGGGAGAUAGAGUUUGGCAGAUUGCUUUUGGUUCAGGCCUCAAAUGCAACAGUGCUGUUUGGAAGUCCCUUAGAAAUAUCAAACAACAUCCUAGGAAUCCAUGGAACAGUGUUGGGAAUUGAUUACAAUCAUUGUUGUCAGAAAUUCAGAUUUCUUAAAAAUAAGAUUGCCCUUUUUUAGAAUUUGGAUGGUGGAUAUUGUAAAAUCAAGCGAUCAAAUAGAUAUUGAUUCUUGUUUUUUUAAAAAAUGAAACAAAAAACGACCAAGAAAAAAUGGACAAUAAAGAGCAAGAAUUGUCCCUUUUUUUUUUUUUUUUGCAAAGUUUUUUGUUACAAAAAAACGUCCUUAUUACUAAAACAGAAAAAAUUUGGACUGACUUGUGAGUUGCAGGUGAACUCACUCUCAUCAAACUCCAGGGAGUUAAAGGAGGCCAUCUUUAAAGCCGAAAUUAAGCGUUAAUAUUUUUCAUAGCAAUUUGUUGUUUUGUUUGUUUAUUACCAUCCCAUCGACAUGUAAUGCAAAUUUCUCCCACUGAUUUGUCGUUCCUAAUAGCACUAGGAGAACAAAAUUUGAUUCGUACUCCAUCUUGUUUUCACCAUUUAAAAAUCC